GAUCAAAGUGGUAUCUGGUCAUUAUUGUUUCAAUGUGGUUGUUCAAUUCUUCUGGCAUUUGUUCCUCAAAGAAGCAAUACAAUUGGGAAAGGGUAUAUAGGAUAGGUUCUCCACAACCAUUUAUCUCGGCCUCUGUGAAACAUCCAUCACUCACUAUGCAUCUUCCUUUAAUGCCCUCAUGAAUUGAGUUGGUAAUGCUUUGCAAAUAAUGGUUUUGUUUAAAUGAUUUUAAAAUUUUAUUUUAAAUAAAUUAAUAAAGUUAUGAUAUUAUACUACGAUUUAUAAUAAAAGUUUAUUAAUUUACUUAAAAAUAAGAUUAUUGAAAUGCUUAAUUAGACACAUUCUAAAAAAAAAUCCCAUAAACUCUUGAGAAUCAGUUCCUCGAUCAGACUUAUAUCAUGGGUCAUUAAGAUACAAAAUGGAUAGGGCCUUAAAUCAGGUAUAGUUUCUUUUCUAGAACCAAAUGGACAUAAAGAUUAGAGCUUUAGAAGGUACAAAAUAACUAAUUACGAAAAGGAAUUUAUUCCCUAGUUCUUUUGUUUUUGGUUUCAAAACUUCAAUCACGGAGGGAGAUUGCGUGUCCGUGAUUCUCUAUCAUCCUUAGCUUUCAACUAAAUUAAACAUAUCCAAUUAGACAUACAUAUCCAUAGUCCUUCAUUCUUUGCCUAAUUUGAAAACACACUUGUGUCAAUUACUCAGAAUAAAAUGCCCAACUUAUCUGUACCAUAUCAUUCUGACAUUAAACUCGAUAGAUGCUAAAUUCUUAUUCUGUAAUGGAAAAUUCCUAUAUUGCAUUAUUAUCUUCCCUCAUCCCUUCAUUACUUUCUUGCAAUAUCUACUUGAUAUAUAUUCAAGACUACAUGAUCUGCAUAACAUGAUAACCAAUAAAGCAUAGACCAACUCUCAAUUAUAUGCACAGAUUGAAAACUGGUGCAGCAUGCAUUCAUCAGUCUAACAUGCUAGAACAUCACCUAAAGUAAAUAAAAUAAUUAAUAAUAAUAAAAAGGUAUAAAUUCUCAGGUGGGGCAUGACCCAAUAUGCCUUAUGUCUGGCUCUUUUCCUUCCCGUUGACGUGGGGAUUCUCAUAUGAAGUCUCUAUUUACCACCAUCACAACCAUCCCAAGAGGAGGCAUUAAUUCCUUUUCAAUUGCUUCCACCAUAAGCCAAAUCAAACCCAAAAAUCAAAUGACAUCUUUCUACUCUCUCAAAUCACUCUAAUUACCCAUCACCAACCAACACAAAAUCCACAUCACAUUCCCUUCACAUAUAAAUACAAUCACCGUUUAACGCAUGCCACAUAUCAAAUUAACACUCAUACACCAUCAUGAAGUACAGUGAAAUAUCCCAUUUCAGCCACCCACAACACAAGCUAAGAUUUGAGUACUCCGAAUUCCCCUUCAAAUGCGAUGGCUGCAAGGAAAUUGGCAUAGGAUCACGUUACAAAUGCUCCAUUUGUGACUAUGACCUUCACAUGCACUGUGCCAUGAUAACAUCACCCACGUUGUUCCAUCCAUUCUACACCAAGUGCACCUUCCAGUUCAUGUCAGCACCACCAGGUGACACACCACGUUAUUGCAACGCGUGUGAGAAGGACGUGAGUGGGUUCGUGUAUCACUGCAAAUCAUGCGGGUUCGAUCUCCACCCAUGUUGUGCCAAGCUUCCAAUGGUGCUUGAUGAUGGCGAAGUGAAACUCUUCUUAUAUAGCAAAGUUAGUUCUGCAUGUCACCGUUGUGGGAGAAAAGGGCGUAGCUGGAGUUACAGGUCCAAGUGCAAGAGUUACAAUCUCCAUGUUGCAUGUGUGAGAGAGUUGCUGGUGGAGAAUUGGCAUGAAGUGUACGUGGGAUGCAGCAAAGUGGAGAGUAACAUUCCUAGGCUGAAGAACACUCUUUACAGUGCUCAUAACAGCAGAAGAAGUAAAGGGAAGAUGAAGAAGUGCUGUGAGAUUGCAGGGUUUGCUUUGCAGAUUGUGAUAUCAGCAGUGUUGGGUGAUCCAACGGCUCUCAUUGCAGGCAUUGUGGGCUCGUUCAUGUCACGGGCUUAAGCUUGAGGGGACAGAAUCUAUCAGUUUAAGGAUUUGUACUUUGCUGUUGUUAACGUUAAUUAAAUGCUGUUUAAACUAUCUUGUCAAAUGUCAUCAGUUUCAGUUUAUAGUUCCAUGAUUUGAACAAUUAUUCAAU